AUGUUGUUCCCUACUCUUUUUCAAGCUCUUAGUUUUGCCAUAGCUGCCUUGCCUAUUACGAAAGCUGUAUCGAUACCACUGAAUUCGACGACAUGUGGCGAUGGAAAGAAUGGAGCUGUUGCUAGUGAAAGUUCUAUCUGCUCUAACAUUGGAAUUGAUAUCCUGAAAGUUGGAGGAAAUGCCGCUGAUGCUAUCGUCGCCGUACAAUUUUGUGUGGGAGUGGUUGGCAUGUACCAUUCCGGUUUGGGAGGUGGUGGUUUUGCGACUGUUCGAUCGGCCAAUGGAAGUUACGAGUUUGUUGAUUUUCGUGAAACGGCUCCCGGAGCCGCUUUCGAACUCAUGUACUCGCCUCCUCUCUCAAACUCCAGUUACUCCUUGAGCGGUGGUUUGGCAAGCGGUGUACCCGGGGAGUUACGAGGUCUUGAGUACAUUCACAAAAACUACGGAUCAUUGCCUUGGAAACAGGUAGUGCAACCUUCUAUUCAAGUCGCCCGCUUUGGCUUCAAUGUCACCGCCGACUUAUUCCGCUACAUGGCCUCCGCUACCUCUUCCUAUGACUUUCUGACGUUUGACGAGACGUGGGCAAUUGACUUUGCCCCCAAUGGGACUAGAGUGAAGCUGGGUGACUUGAUAACCAGGAAACGAUAUGCCAACACGCUUGAAACUAUCGCCGAUUUUGGACCGGAUGCAUUCUACACAGGAGCCAUUGCAAACGCGACAAUCACUACGCUCCAACUAUCCAAUGGGACGAUGGCACUUUCGGAUCUAAAGAAUUACACCAUUGAGUCUAGAAUCCCGUCAAACAUCACCUACCGAGGCUUCAAAGUUUACAGCGGCACUGCGCCAUCUAGUGGUGCUGUCGUUUGCAGUGUUUUGAAAAUUGUCGAGGGUUAUGAUAUGUCGAGUCCAAGUCAGCUCAACUUCUCGACGCAUUACUUAGAUGAGGGAAUGCGAUUUGCAUACGGGCAAAGAACUUUGUUGGGUGAUCCAUCGUUCUUUUCAAACCUGACAGAUUAUCAAGAGAAAAUGGUAUCAGAAACCACAGCCGCUGAAGUUCGAUCGGAAAUUGAGAAGUAUCACACUUUGAACGUGUCCGCUUAUGAUCCUUCAAUGUAUGAUAUUCUUACCGACGAUGGAACAUCGGCUACUGUCGCUGCUGACAAGAGUGGUCUCACGAUCGCUAUGACAUCUACAGUCAAUACUCUGUUUGGAAGUAAGCUCAUGGUUCCAGAAACUGGUGUCAUCAUGAAUAAUGAAAUGAAUGAUUUCUCCAUCCCUAACACAACCAAUGCAUUCGGCUACUCCCCCGCGCCCGUCAACUUCAUCAAGCCAUUCAAAAGACCUCUCUCCUCUAUCUCCCCCACUAUCGUCGAAUACCCCAAUGGUACCGUGUAUAUUGCUCAUGCCUCCGCGGGUGGCUCCCGCAUCAUCACAGAAGUCAUUCAACAUCUAUGGCACGUGCUCGACCAAAACAUGACUUCAGCCGAAAGUUUGCGACAACCUAGAUUACAUGAUCAAUUGUCCCCAAAUAAUGUAUACUUUGAAUAUGGAUCUGAAACCUUUGGAAUUGAAGGAUAUAGUAAUGAGACUACUGCAUUUUUUGAAAGUAUCGGGGCGACGAUAUCUUUUACGGCAGUGGGCAGUACGACGGCUCAGGCUUUAAGACGACUAGCGAAUGGUACAUUUGAGGCGGCUGGUGAGCCUAGACAAUUUAAUAGCGCUGGUUUCACGAUCUAG